AUGUUCUUCAUACAGCUAUUUGUCAUGAGCGUGUUUCAUUCCUGUUUAGGAGAGAAUGGUCUCCUACGUGUAUACUAUCCUGGGAAUAUCAUCAUUGGAGGACUUUUCCCCAUUCACUUAAAAACCAAUAGGACUGACACUUCUGGACCUCUCUUCUGUCAGGACUAUGACAUACAAAUGUUCCUCCGUAGUCAAGUGAUGAUAUACGCCAUCAGAGAAAUCAACCUACCUAACAUCACCAUAGGAUACGACAUCUAUGACACUUGUGGAGAUGUCGGCCUCGCCUUGAGAGCGACUCUCCAGCUGCUGAAGAAUCAGUCAGACCCAGAAAGCUGUUUAGUGCCAGCAGAUGCUCAGUCCAAGUUACCUGAACCCAAAACCAAGGUGGUGAUCGGGGAAAGGAACUCAGAAGCAUCGAUAGCUGUUGCACGACUUGUUGCUCUGUCUUCAGUUGCCCAGAUUAGUUAUGGAUCGACUAGUGAGCUGCUAAGCAGGAAGUACAAGUUCCCUACAUUUCUACGAACAGUGCCUAGUGAUGAAUAUCAGACGAGGGGUAUGGUUGAGCUGGUGAAGACAUUUUAUUGGCAAACAGUGAUUAUUGUGGGAAGUGAUGAUGAGUACGGGAAGUAUGGUAGUGAUAGCCUUGUGAAAACUUUCAGCAAAACCAAUAUCUGCAGUGAAUUUGUUCACAUCUUGUCUGCUGAUUUUAAUAUAAAUAGUGCUAAGACCCAAACUGAGCUGACUGAACUACUGGAAAAAAUCAAAAACUCCUCCGCUGAAGCCAUCAUCCUCUUCACAAAGGAGAUUAAUGUUGAAAUCAUCCUGAAAGGAGCAAUUAAACAUAAAUUCAACAGAACUUGGAUUGCAAGUGAUACAUGGUCUAGCUCUCCAAAGAUCUUUGCAAUUCCAGACAUCCAACUUGCCGGACAAGUUUUUGGGUUCAUAUUUAAGCAGAAUGAGGUGCCUGACUUUAAAGACUACGUCAUGUCGAUUUUUAAUGGAACUCAAAAAAACGCCUUUGUCGAAUAUUAUCUGAGGCAGCAUCCACUUUGUUCAAAUCAGUCUGAAGAAGUAAAAGCAAAUAAUUGCUCGCUAAACUAUCAGCUGGAAUCUAAUCAAUGUCUGGGAACAAGCUUCUUGGCUAAUUGCAUUGACAAGGAAGAAUCUUACAAUAUCUAUUUAGCUGUUCAAGUCAUUGGUGAGGGGCUCAGACACUUGCUUAAGUGUGACGACCAUCAUUGUGAACGUAGCUCCAAAUUCACAGCAUCAGAGCUUCUCUCAGAAAUCCAGAAAGUAAACUUUACUGUGGGAACCACACGUAUCUUUUUUAAUAGUGAUGGAGAUCCCAGUUUGGGAUACGAUAUUGUAUACUGGAAUAUGUCUGAAUUCAACAUGGGUGUACAAAUACAAACUAUUGGAGAAUACCUUCCGAAUGGAAAAAUGACAAAAGUCCCAGAGUCUCUUGUACACUUGAUAAAUCAGACGGGCUCAGCAUAUAACUGUGCGAAAACAUGUGAUCCAGGACAAGAACUAACGAAGAGAAAAGUCUGUUGUAAAGUUUGCGUUUCAUGUGCUGAUGGCACGUUUUCCCCUGGAAACGGUUCAGCAUGCAAGAGCUGCACUGACAACCAAUAUUCAAUUGCUGAACAGAGGGAUCAGUGUUUCAACAAAACGGAUGAAUUUCUCCUCUGGACCGAUCCCUUCUCAGUCAUUCUCAGCUCCCUUGCAGUCAUUGGGAUCAUUACUACCGUUGUGUUUGCUGUUCUGUUUGCAGUAUAUCUUAAAACUCCCAUUGUAAAGGCAGUUGGAGGUUAUUUGUGUUUUCUGGAGCUUUUUUCCUUGGUGGCUGGCUUCUGUCUUACAUUCACCUUCAUAGGCAAACCUACUGAGAAGAUUCACUGUGUAGGUGUGCCUCUCUUUGGUGUAUCCUUCACCCUUUGUAUCUCUUGCAUUCUAGCUAACUUGCUUCAGAUCUUGGUAGCUUUCAACUUUAACCUUAACGUAGGGUCUUGGAUAAAGAAGCUGAAUAAGCCACUGUUGGUAGUUACUAUUGUCUCUGGGAUCCAGCUGGCCCUGUCUGUCUCAUGGCUGAUUGUAAAUCCACCAAUUCCUAAAGAGAUGCCAGGGAAAGAGACCAUUCUGCAGCAGUGUGAGACACAAUCCCAUGAAUACUUUAUAGCAAUGUUAGCCUACAACGCUUUCUUGGGCUUUAUUUGUUUGGUGUUCGCAUUCAAAGGUAGACAGUUGCCGGAUUUGUACAAAAAUGCAUCUUUAAUCACCAUCAGUAUGCUGCUGUUUGUGGUCAUCUGGAUUAUCUUCCUCCCAAUUUAUCUGACCUUAACAGGGAAAUACAAACCUGCCGUACAAAGUGCAGCCAUCCUCACUUCAUGCUUCAGCGUUCUCGGCUGUCACUUGGCUCCCAAGUGUUAUAUUAUGUUGUUCAGGAAAGAGCUUAAUCAUGAGAGCGCCAUCACUGAGUACAUUAGGAAGCAUUAUGAACGGAAGGGCAUAUCUGUGGUGCAGUCAUAG